AUGAAGCACUCCACCGACAUCAACAAGGAAAACGUGAUUUUUGACACAACCAAUGGCUUACAGAAUGGUGUUGUCUUUGCAGCAACAUACGAAGGCGCUUCUUUUGAGGUCGCAAGCAUUGAUAAGGUUAAAAGCUGUCACAACAAAAGCCAGAUUUUGUCAGAAAAUUUGAUUAUUGCGGCUUUGACCAAGAUCAUCGAGGAUUACAGUGAGCUUCGGACUACUGUGAACUCCGAUAUGCGGCUUAAAUUGCUUGAAUGCAUAAGGUAUGAUGAUGUUCACGGGAAGACCCCUAUGGAAACUUUUUAUUUACACGGGCAAACCCUCAUAUUUCAUGGGCACGAUGCUCUUUUCGAUUCCUACGCAGCUGCAUCAUUUCACAAGUUAUUUCUGAAUGCACUCAAUUCGCUAGAAAAAUAUCCUUCUCGGGUUUCAGAUUUCAUUUUCCAGUCUGGUCCGGCGCUUAAGCCAUUGCAGAACUCGUGCAUUUCCAGACAGCCUGCUCUGGUUUGUUUACCAGAACUCUGUACGUGUUAUGAUGACUCUCUGAGUACAACAAAAGCUCUCUGCAGCCUUGUUAAGGGAAAAACAGCGCUCUUAACCGACGAUAGGCAAUGCGAUCGUAUCGCCAAUCCAUUACCUUCACCGGAUAAGAAUACCCGCCUUGUUAGGCUUUGUGGAAAAGUUGUUUUCGGAACCGUCGAAUCUACGAGACUAUCAAUCCUCCAGAGCUCUGUCAAUGGCAGUGCUGUAACACUUCAAACGUUUCUUGCUGCUGCUGCGAUAUUCAGCCUUCAAAGCGCAGACUUCGAACACAUAUCAAGCUUGAAAUUUUCAAUUCCAAUGACUUCAAGAAAUCUGAAUGAACCAACAGCACAAACGGGACUCUACCACAAGAACAACAUUUCUUUUGACUUCCCUCUUAGUGACUACAGAACUAACCCUUUGAGUAUUUUUGACGCCGGAGAAGCAACUCUUGAGGGCGCGACCUUGAACGAUCAGACACUCACAAAUAAACCGUUAGAGAAAGGAUCUCGAUUUGAUGAACUUCUCUCCUUUGUGUCAGAGAGGUUGAGGAAUGCUAGGAAAAAGCCUGAUUUUUCAUCUGAUGCUAAGCAGGAUCUGGCGCUCACAGGAAAUGAAGAUCUUAUCCAUCGAAAAAAAACGCGAAAUCAUGUCGUAGAAAUCAUUGACCUCACCGAAAACACUUUUUCAAAAUCGGAGAAAGACCACUACUUUAUCCAAGAUGCAUACGCUGCAAGAAGUAGAAAGAAAGAUGUUUUUAUGUCGAUCCAUUUCUGCCUGACAUCUUCUGGUCUCACAGUAAGCAUUCAUUAUCCAGAGGAAAACUCCUGUCUGGAUGCUUUUGUAGAGCAUUUCGAGUCAUUAAUAGAGCUAUACCCGAAAAUCGUAUGA